CCUGCGUACUAGGUAGUCUCCCGCUAAUUACUGCAACGUACUUUUAGCCGGCCACUCGUCGAAUUGGCUUGUUGACUCCUUGCAUGACAAUUCGCGACGGCCUCUCCUGCGCCUCUUAUUCACCAAGGGUCUUUCAAGGCCUACGUUUCCCGCGACGCAUCUUCGCGAGUCCCGUCUUGCGCGAGAACAAAGCCCUCCUCCGAGCCCAGCACGUCGUCGUCGCGCUCGACACCCACCAGCAUUCUCCGCCGCUCUUCGACCCCAGCUCGCCAGCUCGGCCUUUGGUGUCGUCAUCCACGUGUUUCCCCGAACCCAGCUCGCCGGCUGUGUCUCGCGCGCGACAGCCUAACCUCCCGACGUUCCCGCCGCGCCUGCGACGACGCGGAGCAUGAUCAGGAACCCCUGACGCACGCCGAGGAUACAUGCGGCGUCGCCCCCCCCUUCCGCGCGCGCGACUCGAUCCUGACGCGCGCAGCUGGGCCACGCGGGAAAUAAGGAGGCCACGCUCCGGCGCAUUGCCCACGCCGACGUCUGGCCUUCGAGGGGACCGACCCGGGUCCCCGCAGUCCCUCCAGCAGCCAUGGCGCCGGCCGGAGGCGGCAACAUCAAGGUGGUGGUGAGGGUGCGGCCCUUCAAUGGGAGAGAAAUCGAUCGCGGGUCAAGAUGCAUCGUCACCAUGAGAGACAACCAGACGGUCCUGACACCCCCGGACGGACACGGGGGCAAGGCCGCCAAGGAUCUCGCCAACAAGACCUUUGCCUUUGACAGGUCGUACUGGUCCUUCAACAAGGACGACUCGAGCUACGCCGGCCAGUCCAACCUCUUUGACGACCUCGGAAAGCCUCUGCUCGACAACGCCUUCCAGGGCUACAACAAUUGCAUCUUCGCCUACGGCCAGACCGGCUCCGGCAAGUCCUACUCCAUGAUGGGCUACGGCAAGGAGGUGGGCAUUAUCCCCAACAUUUGCCAGGAAAUGUUUCGUCGAAUCGACGGCAUCCAGCUCGACGACCCCACGACAAAGUGCACUGUCGAAGUCUCCUAUCUCGAAAUCUACAACGAGCGCGUCCGCGACCUGCUCAACCCCUCCACCAAGGGCAACCUCAAGGUCCGAGAGCACCCCUCCACGGGGCCCUACGUCGAGGACCUCGCCAAGCUUGUCGUUGGCAGCUUCCAAGAGAUUGAAAACCUCAUGGACGAGGGAAACAAGGCCAGGACCGUAGCCGCGACCAACAUGAACGAGACGUCGAGUCGAAGUCACGCCGUCUUCACCCUUAUGCUCACGCAAAAGAAGCACGACCUCGAGACCAAGAUGGAGAUGGAAAAGGUCGCCAAGAUCAGCCUCGUCGAUUUGGCUGGUUCCGAGAGAGCCACGUCGACGGGCGCGACGGGUGCCCGGUUGAAGGAAGGUGCCGAGAUCAACCGAUCCCUCUCCACGCUCGGGCGUGUCAUUGCGGCCCUUGCCGACUUGUCGACCGGGAAAAAGAAGAAGGGCACCAGCCAAGUCCCGUACCGAGACAGUGUCUUGACGUGGCUGCUCAAAGACUCUCUGGGCGGCAACAGCAUGACCGCCAUGAUAGCAGCCAUCAGCCCAGCAGACAUCAACUACGACGAGACGUUGAGUACGCUGCGAUAUGCCGAUUCCGCGAAGCGCAUCAAGAACCACGCCGUAAUCAAUGAAGAUGCCAACGCUCGCAUGAUACGAGAGCUCAAGGAGGAGCUCGCCCUACUCAGGAGCAAGCUCGGUGGCGGUGCGACCGUGGGCGGCAUCCCCGGCGCCCCGCCAGACGAGGUCUACGACGACGGCACGCCCCUGGAGAAGCAGAUGGUCAGCAUCACGGGCCCCGACGGGACCAUCAAGAAGGUCUCCAAGGCCGACAUUGCGGAGCAGCUCAGUCAAAGCGAGAAGCUGCUCACCGAUCUGAAUCAGACCUGGGAGCAGAAGCUGCAAAAGACCGAGGAGAUUCACAAGGAACGCGAGGCAGCCUUGGAAGAGCUCGGCAUAAGCAUCGAAAAGGGUUUCAUCGGCCUGCACACGCCCAAGAAGAUGCCCCAUCUUGUCAACUUGUCAGAUGACCCUUUGCUUGCUGAAUGCCUGGUCUACAAUCUCAAGCCCGGGACAACGACCGUGGGCAAUGUCGACACCAACGCCGACCACCAAGCAAACAUACGUCUCAACGGGACGAGGAUUCUCCACGAUCACUGCACCUUUGAGAAUGCCGCAGACGGAACCGUGACCGUCAUUCCCUCCGAAGGCGCGUCGGUCAUGGUGAAUGGGAAGCGGAUCACGGAACCCAAGCACCUGCACUCUGGGUACCGAGUUAUCCUGGGCGACUUUCACAUCUUCCGGUUCAAUCACCCAAUGGAAGCGAGGGCCGAGAGAGCGGAAGUCGGCCAGAGCCUGUUGAGGCAAUCGAUAACGGCCAGCCAGCUCUUGGAUCGGGUAUCAUCUCCCAGUCCGGGGGCUCGGCCGGGCCACGAGCGAUCGACUAGCAAGACGUCAGAGGCCGGCGACUCGCGCCCGGCGUCCCCCGCCCCUUUUCUUCGCAAUGGGAGGGAAUCUGACUGGUCACUUGCGCGGAGGGAGGCAGCCGGGGCCAUUCUUGGCACCGAUCAAAACUUUGCCAGCCUGACGGACGAGGAGCUGAACGCUCUGUUCGAGGAGGUCCAGCGGGUGCGUGCCGAGCGAGUCAACGGCCGCGAUGACGGCGACGACUCGGAAUCCGCCACGUCAUACCAACUUCGUGAGAAGUACUUGUCCACGGGAACGAUCGAUAACUUUUCCCUUGACACCGUCCUGACCAUGCCAUCGACGCCGAAACAGGGCGAAGCCGAGGACAGACUCAAAGAGGUACGCGAGGAGAUGCAAACUCAGCUCGAGAAGCAGAAGGAGGAGUUCCAGGAGCAGCUCAAGGCGGCUGAAGCUGCUAACGUCGAAGUCGAGGAAAUUCGCAAGGAAAAGGUCAAAAUGGAAUCGGCCCUGAAGGAGCUCAAGGAAGACAUGCAGAAGCAACUCGUCAUUCAGCGCAAGCAGUUCGAGGAGAAGAUGGAAAAGCUGGAUCCCCUCAAGAGGCCGAGGCCGAGCCCGAGGCUGUCAGAAGCAGAAAUUGAACGCGCCAAGGGCGUCGUCAAGACGUGGCGGAGCCGACACUUUGUCAAGAUGGCCGAGGCUGUUCUCCAGAAUGCCUCGAUCCUGAAGGAGGCGCAGAUUAUGAGCAACGAACUCAACGAGACGGUGGUGUUCCAGUUUGCCGUCGUGGACAUGGGGCACGCUCUGUGCUCGUCGUACGACAUGGUCCUGAAUGGCUUGACGGCCGAGGGCGAUGACGUGGCAUUAGAAGAGGCCCAAAAGCCGUGUAUCGGCGUUCGGGUCGUCGACUACAGGCACUCCGUGGUUCACCUCUGGAGCUUGGAGAAGCUUUAUGACCGGGUCCGGCAGAUGCGCCAGAUGCACCAGUACCUCGAUCAGCCCGAGUAUGCGCAGCACCUCAGCCUCGAUAACCCCUUUGUGGAGACUUGCAUGCCGGCGUACACGCUGGUGGGCGAGGCGGAUGUGCCGCUCAAGGCGGUCUUUGAGAGCCGCGUCCAGGACUUUUCGCUGGACGUGCUUUCGCCGUACACGUCGCACGCCAUUGGCAUCGUUAAGCUGUCCUUGGAGCCUUCGCACGCCCGCGCCCCGACGAAUACGCUCAAGUUCAACGUCGUCAUGCAUGAGCUCGUCGGCUUCGCCGAGCGGGAGGGUACGGAGGUGCAUGCCCAGCUCUUCAUCCCUGGCGUUUCAGAAGAAGAUGGCGUCACGACCACGCAGAUGAUCCAGGACUUUGACGAAGGGCCUAUCCGAUUCGAAAGCGUCCACAACAUGAGCGUCCCGCUGUUUGCGCCACAGGAUGUCACCUUGAGGGUGGCCAUCUUCGCUCACGUCUCUGCGAUGCAUCUGGAUAAGCUCCUGAGCUGGGACGACAUCAGGGAUGCGAGCCCCACUGGCGACAAUACCAGGGGGACGCGGAUCAACGAGUCUCAAUUCUUCACUCAGGAGAAGCACGACCUUCUAGCCCGCGUGCAGAUCAUGGAGCUCAGCGAGAUCGGUGAGUACCAGCCGGUCGAGGUCACGCAGACGAGCGAGCUCGACACGGGGACCUUUCAGCUCCAUCAGGGCUUGCAACGGCGCAUCGGCAUCAACCUCUCGCAUAGCUCCGGCGAGGCGCUGCCGUGGGGGGACGUCACGGCGGUGCGAGUCGGCAAGAUUCGGCUGGUCGACUCGGCGGGCAAGACCCCCGACAUGGGCGCCAACGACCCCGACGUCGCGCUGAAGCUGUCUUCAAACCCAAUCUUCCGGGACAACCCAAACGGCACGAGGAGCAUCACCAUCUAUGCCCAGUGGGACUCUAGCUUGCACAACUCGCUGCUACUCGACAGGGUGACGGCGGAUAAGUACCGCGUGCAAAUGACGAUCCACUGGGAGAUCAGCUCCGACAAGUUGGCAGAGCCCAUGAAGUUUGCCCAGAAGGUCUGCGCCCAGAUCCUCUCGCGCAACUUUGUGCGUCAGACGUCCGUGUUCACGUCGCUAUUCCAGAAUAUCCGGUUCGUCAGGUCGUCCACCGGCAUCUUCACCCUGACCAUGAGGCCUGCGCCCAUCAAACGUGUCGGCGACCUGUGGCGGAUGAGCAGCCAGCACGACUACAUCAAGGGCGAGGAGAACCUGACGAGCUGGACGCCGCGGGGUGUAUCCCUUGUCAGCGACUUCAUCCUGUCCAAGAAGAAGCGGAGGCGCAUCGCCGAGAUCGGUGUCAUGCAGGCGACGCUGAGCAAGAUGGGCAUCGACCCGACCGUCCUGCGGCCCGAAGACGGGGCCGAGGGGGCGGAUGACGAGCCAGCAGCGCCUGAGACAAAACCCAUCAUCGUCCCGGACGACGACGACGAUCUCCUCAACGACACACCGGACACGUCUCAGGCCCCGUCCAACGACGAGGACGAGGACGACGGCGACGCCCCGGACCCCCAGGAGGAAGACACCAUCAAGGUAGACUGUGCCGCCGCCGCCGACGGCACCGCGACGCCCACGGAGAAGUCCGAGUACAGCGAGCACCAAGCCGCGCUCCUGGAGCGAUGCGUCAAGCUAUGGGCCAAGUACCCGGAUCCGCUGCUGAGCAUCCUCAGCCCGGCGAACACGGCGCCGCCGGCCAACGGCAUCGCGCCCGAGUCGGCCCUCCCACCGAGCCUCGUCGCCACCGUCAUUCGCGUGCCCAAGAACCCAAAGGUGCUCAGGGGCGGGUACCUGCUCGUGCCCAGCGCCGACUCGACGCGCUGGGUCAAGCGCUUCGUCGAGCUGCGCCGGCCGUACCUGCACAUCCACUCAGCCACCGACGGCGACGAGGUGGCGCUCGUGAGCCUGCGCAACUCGCGCGUCGACAGCCAGCCCGGCGUGCUCGGCAUGCUCCACGGGCCGGCCCACGACCACCAGUACGACCCCUCGUCGCCGCACCAGGAGCGUCAUGGAACGACGGGGCCCGACUUCACGCCGGGCCACCGACGUACCUCCUCGGGCAGGGUCAUCUCGACCAUCUGGACGGGCACCGGCGGCGGCGGUAGUGGUGGUGAUGGUGGUGCUGCCACAGCCCAGCCGGGCCUGCAGCGCCUUAGCGAGCGGAUGCAGUCGGCCGUGUUCGCCAUCUACGGGACGGACAACACGUGGCUCUUCGCCGCCCGCAGCGAGCGCGAUAAGAUGGACUGGAUCUUCCGCAUCGACCAGACCUACCUGUCCUCCAACAGCGAGAGCAACCCCAACAGCGGCGUCAUGAGCCCCCAGCAGCAUCAGUACCACCACCACCACCACCAAGGCGGUGGCGCGAGCGGCCAGUACUAUUGAGCUGGAAAACGACAUGGCGCGGCGCGGCGCGGCGGGUGUACCGAGCCGGGAUCCGGGAGUUGGGUUUGGCGUGUUUCCCGCACUCUGCUUGCUGCUGAGCCGACGACGACGACGACAACGACGAGACGACAACGCAAGAAGGUGAUGGUGGGAGGAUGAUAAGCCACGACCUAAACGUCCACAUACGCUUCCUUGUGCAUUGGAAUCUGUUCCUCUUCUUCUUAAUGUUCUUCUUCUUUCUCCUCUUCUCUUCUUCUCACCUUGUUUUCUCCGACUUAAUUUUCUCCAUGUUUUCUCUCCUGGUGCGAAGCGGCAUGCCGGCAGACCGCAUGUGCGUCACCCUCAUACGCACGCCAGCCGCUUCCGCAACAGGAGAAUCCCACCCGUACCCCCCCCCCUCCCCC